AGGGGCGCUGGGGACCCCUCUUUUCCCAUGACCUUGGGCAGGGAAACCCCCCCUGCACCUGCACCCGAGCCCUCGGGGUGGGUGCCCGCCGGGCAUCGCCCCGGUUGCCCACGCGUGUGCCAGCGUGGCCGUGCCCAGGGCCGGGCCCCCGCGGUGCCCAGAGCUGCCACCCGUGCCCGGUGCCACCACUCCCGGCGGGACAUAAAUAAUUCAGGGUGGUGAGCUCAGCCCGCCGGCGUCACCCGGGGAGCGCUGCCACGGCCACCGGUGCUCUGUGCCCGCCUGGCACCGGGGGACACAGCACCCCGGGACACAGCACCCCGGUACUCGGGCACCCCAGCACCCCGGUACCCCAACACCCCAGUGCUCAGGCUCCUCAGCACCCUGGUACCCUGGUAGCCCAGCACCCCGACACCCUGGUAUCUCAGGACCUCGGCACCACAGCACCCCAGCACCCUGGCACCCUGGCACAUUGGUACCUCAGCAGCCCAGCACCCUGUGCCCACCCAGCACCCCAGCAGAGCAGGGCAGGACACGGCCAUGCCCAGGGUGCCAGACCAGUCCCCCUCCGGGGGUGGCAGCCUGGCAUGGCAGCCUGGCACUGUCCCCAACUCCCACCCACAGAGCCGGGACAGGGCGGCCUUUCAGAGCCCGGCAGCUCAGGCGAUGAGUUUGGGAGGUCUCAGCCCGGCCGGGGGGGUCCUGGCAGGUCAGGAGGUGCCCGCAGUUGGGGUGCCCGCAGUUGGGGUGCCCGCAGUUGGGGUGCCCGCAGUUGGGGUGCCCGCAGUUGGGGUGCGUUCCCCGGGACGAGCUGCCGGAACAGGUUCGGCAUUUCCUGUUUUUCCCGAACCCGGGGACCUUCCCAGCCCUGGGGCAGCUGGAGAGGCCGUGACAUCCCCUGGGCAGCGCCGGCUGAGGAGGGGACACUGAGGCAGGGAGGGGGCUGGCCUGGGAGAAACGGGGUCCAGCGGGACCCCAGCACCGUUGGAAGCCCCAUCCUGCCAUCCCGGGGCAGGAUUUUGGGAUGUCCCUUGUCCCCACCCGCCCCGGGAGGUGCGAUGGGGACACUGGGCUCUGGGCCCGCGUGUCCCAGCGGUCUGGCCACCCCACAGUGGGACGGGGGCCGUGUCCCAGUGCUGGCACCCGCCGGGGACUGUGGGGACCGUCCCCAUCCCACCUCCCCGCGGCGGCGCGGGGCCUCCCCGGGUUUCCAUGGAGACCAGCUGCUUUUUCGACAUCCCCAUUUUUCCUGCGGUUUUCCAUCUCUCGGAGCCGCGGCCCUGCCGGAUCCCGGCCCCGCCGAGGGGCCGCGGGCAGAGAUAAACUCUUCGGGAAGCGGCUGCUCCAGGCCGGGCGUUACAUCAUGUCCCACAAGGCCUGGAUGAAGACGGUGCCCACGGAGAACUGCGACGUGCUCAUGACCUUCCCGGACACCACGGACGACCACACUCUGCUGUGGCUGCUGAACCACAUCCGCCUGGGCAUCCCCGAGCUCAUCGUGCAGGUCCGGCACCACAAGCACACGCGGGUCUACGCCUUCUUCGUCACCGCCACCUACGAGAGUUUGCUGCGCGGGGCGGACGAGAUCGGGCUGCGGAAGCCGGUGAAGGCGGAGUUUGGGGGCGGGAUGAGGAGCUUCUCGUGCGAGGAGGAUUACAUCUACGAGAACAUCGAGAACGAGCUCUACUUCUUCACCUCUCAGGAACGGCAAAACAUCAUCAGGUACUGGCUGGAGAACCUGCGGGCCAAGCAGGGAGAGGCCCUGCACAACAUCCACUUCCUCGAGGGACAGCCCAUCAUCCCGGAGCUGGCGGCCCGGGGGGUCAUCCAGCAGGUGUUCCCGCUGCACGAGCAGAGGAUCCUCAAGCGGCUGAUGAAGUCCUGGGUGCAGGCGGUGUGCGAGGCCCAGCCCCUCGAUGACAUCUGUGACUAUUUUGGGGUGAAAAUCGCCAUGUACUUCGCCUGGCUGGGCUUCUACACCUCGGCCAUGGUGUAUCCCGCCGUCUUCGGCUCCAUCCUCUACAGCUUCACCGAGAGUGACCAGUUGGUUCCCUCCGUCCCUCAGACCAGCCAGGACAUCUCCUGCGUGGUCUUUGCCAUCUUCAACGUCAUCUGGGCCACCCUGUUCCUGGAGGAGUGGAAGCGCCGGGGGGCCGAGUUCGCCUACAAGUGGGGGACCCUGGACACCCCCCCCGAGUCCAUCGAGGAGCCCCGGCCCCAGUUCAGGGGCGUUAAGAGGAUCAGCCCCGUGACCAGUGCUGAGGAGUUUUAUUACCCCCCCUGGAAGCGGCUGCUCUUCCAGUGCCUGGUCAGCCUGCCCGUCUGCCUCGCCUGCCUCACCCUCGUCUUCCUCCUCAUGCUCGGCUGCUUCCAGCUCCAGGAGUUCGUGCUGAGCAUCCAGGAGCUGCCCCGGAUCAUCCGUUUCCUGCCCAAGAUCAUCCUGGCCGUCAUUGUCACUGCCUGUGACGAGCUCUACAAGAAGGUGGCCUACUGGCUCAAUGACAUGGAGAACUACCGGCUGCAGAGCGCCUACGAGAAACACCUCAUCAUCAAAAUCGUCCUGUUUCAGUUUGUAAAUUCCUACCUGAGUCUUUUCUACAUCGGUUUCUACCUCAAAGACAUGGAACGGCUGAAGGAGCUCCUGCUCAUCUUCUCUCUCUCCCAAAGCCUCGUGCGGCAGCUCAAAGAGGCUCUUCUCCCCUUCAUCCUCCUCCACCUCCACCUCUCUCUCAUCUUCCUUAAGGGCCUCCUGAGCUUUUGCUGGAGACUGGGAGUAUCCAAAAUGCUGGCCACGCUGCUCAUCACGCGGCAGUUCCUGCAGAACGUGCGGGAGGUGUCCCAGCCCCACCUGUACCAGCGGCUGCGCCGCGGGGACCUGAACCUGCGCAGCCUGCGGCAGCUCGCCCACAGCCUGCUCUGCCUGCUCGCCCCCCGCCGCCACCCCCCGCGCCCCCCGGAGGGGCCCCGCGGCGAGAAGAAGUGUCUGAACGGCGGCUGCGGGGUCCCGGAGGAGGAGGAGGAGGAGGAGGAGCGGCGGGAGUCGGACUCGGAGGAGGAGAGCGCGCUGGACUGCGGGCUGAAGCUGAAGAAGGUGAGCUUCGUGGAGCGGGCGGAGCGGCGCGGGGAGCCCGGCGGCGCCGAGGACGAGCCUUUCCUCGAGGAGGGCAGUCCCACCAUGGUGGAGAAGGGCAUGGACCCCGCCGCCGUCUUUGAGCUCUGCGAGGACGACGACGAGGCCGAAGGGCCCCCCGGGAGCCCGGCGAGGGCGGCGGAGCCGGCGGUGGUGCCGCGGGCCGGCCGGAGGAGGCGGGAGGAGGAGGACGGGGAGGAGGAAGGGCGGAGGCGCAACCGGGCGUCGUGGAUCGACCCGCCCGAGGAGGAUUACUCCACGCAGCUGACGCAGGCGGAGGUGGAGAGCUGCAUGAAGAAGUACGAGGACACCUUCCAGGACUACCAGGAGAUGUUCAUCCAGUUCGGGUACGUGGUGCUGUUCUCCUCGGCCUUCCCCCUGGCCGCCAUGUGCGCCCUGGUCAACAACGUCAUCGAGAUCCGCAGCGACGCCUUCAAGCUCUGCACGGGGCUGCAGAGACCCUUCGGCCAGCGCGUCGAGAGCAUCGGCCAGUGGCAGAAGGUGAUGGAGGCCAUGGGCGUCCUGGCCAUCGUGGUCAACUGUUACCUGAUCGCCCAGUGUGGGCAGCUCCAGAGGCUCUUCCCGUGGCUCAGCCCCGAGGGAGCCAUCAUCUCCGUGGUGGUGCUGGAGCACUUCGCCCUGUUCCUGAAGUACAUCAUCCAGGUGGCCAUUCCCGACAUUCCCGCCUGGGUGGCCGAGGAGAUGGCCAAGCUGGAAUACCAGCGGCGUGAGGCCUUCAAGAAGCACGAGCGGCAGGCGCAGCACCACUUCCAGCAGCAGCAGCGGCGCAAGCGGGAGGAGGAGGAGCGGCAGCGCCACGCCGAGUACCAGGCGCGGAAGGAGCGCGAAUCCAGCCGGGAUGAGGCCAAGCCCGAGGCCGCCGGGCAGGACCCGGCCCACGAGAAGAGCCAGAGCAAAGGGAAGGGCUCCGGGGGCUCCUCGCACGGCUCCGACAAGCCCAAGCGCCCCAGCUCCCUCCUGGCCACCAACAACGUGAUGAAGCUGAAGCAGAUCAUCCCCCUGCAGGGCAAGUUCCUGUCGGGGGGGGCCGGCGCCGGCGGCACGGCCACCGCCAGGUCCCCGCAGUCGCCCACGGGCAGCGAGAACAAGCUGCCCGGAUUCCUCAGCUUCAAGUUCCUCAAAUCCCCGGAGACUAAGCGGGACGCGGGCACCGAGAAGGUCCAGUCCCCCACCAAGCCAUUCAACCCCGGCAAGCUCUUCAACUUCGGCAAGUCCGAAGGGGCCGCGGGCAACGGCGGCACGGCCGGGGCAUCGCCCCAGCCCCGGCCCGGCCCCUCGGCGGACCCCGAGCGCUCGGUGCCCAGCAAGUCCCACCUCAACGGGGCUGCGGAGGAGGGGGGCCGGGAGGAGCCGGAGAGCCGGGCGGAGGAGGAGAGCGGCGGUUAUAGGCUCUAACCGGGGCUUUCGGGGGGCCGGGAGCGCGGGGGGCCGCCCGCUCGCUCCUCCGGGCAGCCGUGGCCAUCGGCAGCCUCUCGCCCCCCCUGGCCGCCCCCCCGCUCGGGGCCGGGCCGAGCCCACCGGCCGCCAGCCCCUCGCUCUGCCCCGGCCCCCUCUGCUGCGUCCCCUCGUGCCCCCCCGGCCCCUCCGCCGGGACCCGCUGCCACCCCGGACCCCGCGCCGAGGAUUCCUGAGCGGCGGCGCGGAUGGAGCGUCCCGGCGGCUUCCCGUGCCCGCGGGUGGGAGUCAUCCCGGUGCGGCUCCGCGCCGCUCCCGGACCCUGCGGGGCCGCCCGCCGGGAGGGUCGGGAUUCCCGGGAUCGGCGGCCAGAGGAGCCCGAUCCAGCCGUGCCUACAACCCCUGCCCUCCGGCCAUGGCACCGUGCCCUGCUCCGUCCCGCUCCCGCCGCCUCCGCCCCGGAUCCUUCCCAGCACCGGGACCUUUUCCUGCCGCGGGAUGGAGCGGGACGAGCAGCGGCCACCCGGCCCCCCCCGCACGGGCAGCGUUUCUUGCACUAAAACCCAACCAAACCCCGACGCCGGUGACUUUCUCCUCCUUCAGCCGGGGGUUGGCACCGGCCGCGACCCCCGGGACUGCAACGUGAGCCGGGCCGGGCCCUUCCCAUCUCCAGUUUCGUAUUCCCUGGAAUUAUUUCGCAAUAAGGCGCUCGCACGCGCGGAGGUCGCGCCGGAGCCCGGGAGAAGGAAGGGGCUGGGACGGGGAGGGGGGUGGGAGCCGCUUCGCCGCCGCCGGGGGAAGGUUUUGCGGGAUUUGCGUCGCCGGGUCUGGACUUGGAGCUUCCCGAGCCUUGUCCGUGCUGGGAGGGGGGGUCCCGGCUCCCCCUUCCUGCUUUGCUGCGGCUCUGCUUCGCUUUCGGGGCCGGGCCGGGGCGGUGGCACCUCGCAGGUGACCCGGGUGGGGACACCCAGCCCUGUCACUCCCCCCCGGCCCUCGCCACCAGCUCCGCUCCGCCCGCAGCCGCCCACAUUCCCAAAGGGAGCCGGGGAAAGGGGAGGGGGCUGCCGGGGGUCACCCCUUCACUGUGCCUGGCCCAGGCGGGGGGGCUGAGCCCCCCUUCUCCCCCCACCCCCCCCCCCCAAAAAAAAAAAAAAAAUCCCCCAGGCCUGGGCUGCAGAAAACGUCAGGUUGGAUUUUCCCCGCCACCUCUUUCCAGAAUUCAUGGAAAUUUCAGUUUUGGGGGGUCUAAAGAAGCCAUUUUAUACAGCAAUAAGGGCAGGAGAGGGCCGAGGCUCCGCCUGCUGCUCCGCUGCCGAGGGAACAGCGCAGGGAGAUGUUUUCCAGGGAAAAGGGCUCCCCCGCGGGAGCUGGGGACACCCCGGAGCUUUGCUGUGCCUGGAAUGGGGGGGCAGGAGGGCUCCGGGCCCUCCUCACCCUCCCACACGGGGGGGACGCAGGGACAGGAGGAGGAGGGAGAUUUUGGGGCGAAGCCCGGGAAAAGGGAGCACUGGGAGCACUGGGAGCACUGGGGCCCAAAGCUCCCCAAGAGCAGGGAGGGGUCGGGCCGCUCUCCCUCCCUCCCUCCCUCCCUCCAUUCCAUCGAGUUUUCCUGCUCUGCCGCUCCCAAAAAAACACCCGCUGGGUUUCAAGGGAAUGACACCGAUCCCGUUUCCCUCCCGAGAGAACCCAUCCCGGCUCCGUCCCUCCCUCCCGGAGGGGAGGGCAGGGCCCCGCCGCAGCCCGGACCCCCCGCCCGGGGCGCUCGGAACCAUUUCCCUCUCCAAAGGAUCUCCCUGGCUGGAAUGUGGCUCCGGGGGCAGCGGCUGUGCAGGGGAGGGAAGGAUUGGGACGGUUGGUUGGUCUUUUUUUGGUUUUUUGUUUUGUUCUGUUCUGUUUUCCUUCGCGUUGGAUUUCUGUAGGAAUUCAAAGGAAAGGAAAGGGGGUUAUUUAUUUCUUUUUAAUUUAUUUUGUCAUAUUUUUGUAAAACCUGCAGAAAUGCAAUAAAAAUCUAUUUCAACAA